AUGACGCUCGCCAUCGGGAGACAUUUGGACAGCCUUCAGCCUGUAUGUAACCCAUAUGUAGACCAACAAAUGAUCGGCCUGAGCAGGAGAUCGCAUAACCAUGAGUCGCCGCGGACCGACUUCCAGGUGAAAUUUGAACAGUGUGAAAUGAUUCCAAAGUCGGGAAAAUCUCCAGCAGACUCCCGGAAAAGUGUAGGCAUCCAUGAAUUUGCAGCACUCGCCAGAUCUUCAUUAAAUGGCAUCUCUCAGGCAGUGAGGGACCAUGUGACAAAGCCCACAUCCCUGGCUCAGGGCCGGGUCGCCCACCUCAUAGAGUGGAAAGGUUGGCCAAAACCUACAGGUCCUCCACCAGGCACUCACUCCCAGUUCAACUCUUACUGCCGUCUGACUGAAGGGGAGAAGGAGGCUCGGUUUGCUGCAGGAGUGGCUGAGCAGUUUGCCAUUGCUGAGGCCAAGCUGCGAGCCUGGGCAUCUCUAGAUGAUGAUGAUGAUGAUGAGGAAGACUUCAAAGAUGAAGAAUUCCACAUCAAUGAACAGCCUCGUACCUUGUCCACCGAGAGCCCAGAUGCUGACAUGUCCAAAACUAUCAGCGGAGUGCCAUGCCACCCUGAGACUCAAGGGAUCGAGUUGCCACAAUCGGUUCGUCCUGUAGGCUCCACCAGUAGCAGAGGCAGCAGUGACGGUCCUUUCCGUGAUAGGCUUCCAACUAAUAACGACCUACAGAGCGACUCUGCAACUUCACGCAGCGACUGCAUGUGUCCAUUCUUGGAGGAAGAAGAAGAUGAAGAGAGGCUCAACGGUCUGGUGGAGCAGCUGGCUCCUUUGCAGGAUCAGCGUGGCGAGGACUUUGUCCACAGCAAGCCAGAGUGGAGGCCACGAAACAGGAGCAGCAGGUUUGACUCCUGCUACUCCACCUCUCACUCUGAGUCUCCUGGGGAGGAGGACGAGGAGGACGACGAGGAAGGCAGUGUGUUUCAUGAAGUGCGGGUGUGGCACUGCAGCCCCAGAGGCUUCUUCUCUGACCGGGGGUCUUCCGGAGUGGCGUCUUUUGAUGAAGAAGAGGAGAGGGAGGAGGUAGAGGAACAGAAGAAAGAGGAGAAUUUGAUGUGAUGUAUUGUCGAUGUUUAUGUCUUUCUGAGCCAACCGGUUGAUUCUGAUGACAUAGAUCUAUUCCGAUUACAAUGUGAACCUCCUCUCAUCUCCUAUUCUUUUCCCUCCAUCUGUCCUCCACUGGAAGCCUUUCAUCCCCCACCCCUCCAGGCCUUUGGCGGAUCUCCUUCCACAAGUUAUCGCUGCCGUAAACAGUGUACAUGUUGGAGAGUUCAAUGAGGAUGUAAAUCUGUUGUUCAAACUGAGUUUUGUACAUUCUUGUGAAGAGUCAUGUGCUGUUUUUAUUUUUUUUCUAUGGAUGUUUUGUAGUGUGGUUUAUUUUCCAGCUCAUGCUGUGUAACAUGAGUUUGAUAUGGAAAGUACGAGCGUCCUGCAUAUGUAAAAAUAGAUUUUUGGAACAAGA